AUGGGCUCCUCGGCGCUGCCGCUGAGAUCUGCGCCAGCGGCGGCCGCUGCGCCAGUGAGAAAUGUGUUCCUUAUUCUGCCAACACCAAUACGUCAAAACUUUCGUCGUCCUGGUCGUAACCCUUCGGUUCCGUCGUCCAAAGCGCCAAAUUGGGCCAAGCCCAACAGCCUACUCACUCUCCUCCGCAUCAGACGACAACGACGGCGAGAUCUGAGGGACGCAGCCCCAGACGACGGCGCGAUCCAGAUAGAGGGGCUAUGGCGCCGCGCGUCUCCGCGACGGAGGCCAGUGGCAGUCAAGCCCCCCUGCUCACGCGGCUCUCCAAGCAAGUCGUCCUCCACUGCCUCCCGAAGCUGGGGGCCAACGAGCUCCGACGGCCCGGAUCAAGACCUCUCCCCAGUCUACUCGUCGCGGCGGCGCAGAAUGGGAAGCCUUUGCUGCGAAAAAAUGAAGGAGGGUAGAAUGUUGAAUUGGAAUAUGGUACUGAAGAUCAUCUUUGCACCCUUCAAGAAGGAAUCAAUCAAGAAACCUAUGGGCUUAAUACAAUUUCGUCCAACCAAUAGGGGUAGAGAAAGGUGGAGGCCGUGGCACAUCGGUUGUGAUCAUGUUGUCCUUCCCAUGCCGACAAACUCGUGGAGAAACGGAGUGUGAAAUGGUACAGUCGCCGGCGUCCAACCACUCAGGUAAGGGGAUGAACAGAAAACUAUUUACCAUAUUUGUCACGUUGUUUAUUCUUUUGUUAGAAAUUAACUACAAACUUGGGAGAUAUGAGGAAAGCUCUGCCUUUAAUCUUUGAUUCCUAGGUGAACUGUGCUACAGUGUUUUUUAAUAUGCCACAUGUGUUAUUUCUUUAAUAUGGUUUGGUAAAAAUUAUUCUGUCACAUGAAUGAUUUGUCCUAUUUUUCUACCCCAGUGUUUGCUGCAUCCAGUGCAAUUGUGGACAUGGAAGGUUCCUAUUCAAAUCUUAUAGAGUGUUCCUACUGAGUUUGAAUUUAUUGCUUGUUCAGAUACCCUACUUGCAAAUUUCGUCUAUGUAAAACUACUUAUGUAUGUUUUUUGCAUGGGCGGUAUAAGAACAAUGUGGCAAUGGUGCGGAGCUACUCAAAGGAAGUCUGCUUAUGUCUUCAAAUAUGCACAUCUUACUUCUAUCAUUUUUUUUUGUUUUCUUUCCUGUUAGUUUAGUAAGUUAUCUCUGCUUAUCAAUUUACGCUGUUAACUGGGAACCAAGAGAAAAAUGAUAAGCAGUUAAUUGUCUUUUUUUUCUCAGUCCAGGUCGAUUUUUUAUUUAAGAGCUACUUCAUGUGCAAAGUAAGCUAUAAUAUUUAAUUACAUAUUCUGGUAUUAAAAAUAACAGGUUGGUAAAAUGGCAGGAGCAUGAUGUCCAUAAAGGGGAGAUAUAGUCAAUAGCUUUUUUCAUUUGCAAACUGCACAUGAUCAUAUAGUCAAAGCUCAAUUCGUUGAACUAUUUGGGCGUGCCUUGUGCACUCAAUUGUGGUGGGAAUCUAAGGCGUGAGAUGGUCAGGGUUCUCGCUGCACUUAUUGGAUUUUCCCAAUCAUUCCUAUUGUUUGGGUCUGUUAUUUCUGGAGAUUGAUUUCUUGGUUUUCUAUAAUUAUGAGGAACUGCUAUUGGCAAAGAAAGAGAGGUGACCCCCUUAGUUUCCCCAUUCAACUGUCGGCGGCUUUAGAUGCGGUAACAUUGGUUUAUUGGGUCGACUGCUAUACACCAAAUUAUUGGGUCAAGGAGAUGCUCCCCGGUCGAUCUACGGCGGCCAGCGGCCAGCGGCGCAUACCUCCUCCGACAGGAGGAACGUGACCCCGUCCUGCAGUUCCUCUUGAUUCUUUACCGGAAGGUCGGGGCGUUGAAACUGGAGGUCGUCAUGAACCAUAAGAACUCCCUCCAGCUCCUCCUUGGUCGCCGCUGCCUUGAGCCCGACGUCCCCUUGGCAU